UUUUUCUUUCUCUUUUCUUCUCUGCAUUUUCCGAUUAGGGUUUUCCUUUUUCCCUAAAGUUGCACCUUGCACCACCUACUCUUUCAUUAGGUUCUUCCGUUUUAAUCAUUUUCUUCUUCCAAUCGAUCCUCUAAAUCCAAAUUGCGAGAUCUACAGUGCCCGCAAAACCCCAAAUUCAAAACCUUUUUCUCCUUUCCCAUGGCUUCUCGGGGAGCUAGCGUGGUACUUUCAAGGGCCAACAGAAUAAAGUCGAAGCUCCAAACGGCGCUAGAAGCCACCGUUUUGGAGGUAGACGACGUGUCGUAUCAGCACGCCGGACACGCCGCCGUUAAAGGAAACUCCGAUAACGAGACUCAUUUCAACGUGAAGAUCGUUUCCCCAAAAUUCGAUGGGCAGAGCCUCGUAAAACGACACCGUAUGGUGUACGACCUCCUCGCCGACGAGCUCCAAUCAGGGUUGCACGCUAUCUCCAUCGUCGCCAAGACACCCCAGGAAACCACCGGCGCCAAAUAAUGCGAAAGUUCCAAGCUUUUGAAGGGGUGAGUGCCCAAAGUUUGAAUCUUGUCCCUCUUUUAUGCUAACCCAUUUAAAUUUAGGCUAUUGAUAUAAUCAAAGCUUGAGGCUUUAGUGUUGAUGUAAUAUCUUAUUGUUCAAUAAAUCAAUAAUUGGAGUGAAAGCUUAACAGAAUAAGCUUAGUUGAUACUUACCAUUGCUUGGAACUGGGGCUUCUUUUGAGCACCAUGUGUUUGUGUUUAUGUGUGUGAUGGUUAAUGUGUCCGAAUUGGUGGUUUUGUUUAUCACCUUCUGUUGUCUUUGAACUGGAGAGUGUGCUUACCUGUCAAUGGUGCUAUGCUAGCUGCAUUAUCAUCUGUCAUUACUCAUAAGCUAGCUGUUUCGGCUGUGCUAGCUUUAUGAAUGGAACCUUGAUGAUCUUAUGUGGCUGAAUGAUUUGUAGAAUGUGAGAUGUUACGAUUGUUUUGUAAACUAUUAUAUUACUUUUUGUUUGAUCCUGAA